AUGGACCUCCUGGAGAGUGCGAACGCGCCCGUUGAGACGCUCCAAAAGCUGCUAGAUGCAGGCGCGUCGCUCAACGCAUUGGACCCGUUCGGCAACGAGGCCGUCUUGCAUAAGGCGGCGAAGGCGGGGAACGUGCGCAAUGUUGCCUGGCUUCUCGAACACGGUGCGAAGUGGAAUUUUGGUGCUACUAUGCCAGGCCAGCUUGCGCUCCAGAACGGACACAAGGAGUGCUACGAUGUUAUAUUCGAGCAUGCCGUUAAGGAACAAUAUGAGCGCUUCAGUAAGCCAUACAAGCCCGUACAGGAAGAAGAAUGGGAGGUCACCAUCGAUCAGAAGCGCGCUGACAACAAAGAAUGGGUUGAGACCUCAAAGUUAGGCAUGUAUGAUAAAGUGCUCCUCGAUCAUGGCGGUGUCGGCGUCAUGAUGGAAUGGGAGCGGCCGAUCAUGAAGAAGACUGCGAGCCUUUUGCUCGACGGCUUAGGGAAGGGUAAACGUGUCCUCAAUAUCGGGUUCGGCAUGGGCAUCAUCGAUACCUUCUUCCAGUCGUAUGAGCCCUCGCACCACACCAUCAUCGAGGCGCAUCCGCAAUUGCUGAAAUACAUGCGCCGCACCGGGUGGUACAACAAACCGAACGUGCGCAUUCUAGAGGGCCGCUGGCAGGAGUUCCUCCUCCCCGCAGAGCGCGAGAAGCUCAGGGGCACCGAGCGCCUCAUGCGGAUGACCGUCACGAGUGGCGAAGCGGUCUUGCGCGGCGUUGGUAAAUUCGACGUCGUGUAUUUUGAUACGUUCCAGGAGGGGUACUGGGGCGGGCUCGAUUUCUUCCGAUGCGUGCCUGGGCUGCUGCUGAACGAGCAGAGCCGGUUCUCGUUCUUUCAUGGGCAUGGACGACAUUAUGAGUUCCUUUACCGAGUCAUUGCAGAGGUCGCGAAGCGGCAGCUCAGGGACAUUGGACUGGACACAGAGUGGUAUAAGGUCACAGUGGACCCAAAGACAAUGUUCCUGUCGGUGGUCAAGAGGGAAUGCGGCGAUGAGCAGAAACAUCCGCAUUUGAUCCCGAUCUGCACGCCCAUCAAGAAACCUGGACUCAUGGGUGAGGAGACUGCCAAAGUCAUUGAUACUUCGGAGACUUCGAAGACUAGUUCGGAGCCUGGUGCUGCAAUCACGCCUGUCUGA